AUGACAUUUUCCGAACACCUCGACCCUUCCUUCUUCCAGCAAGAAGACAAUAUUCAAGCACAAAAAUACAUAACUAAAUCCGAUCUGUAUGGCACUGAAUCUACAGUCACUUGCUAUACACUUGAAAAUUGUCUCACUCCGAAGGAAUGCAAAGAAAUUAUUCGUUGCAUGAACCUCAUGGGAUAUGACAUCAAAUACACUGGAAAUAGAUUAUGUUGUAGAAAUGUUAUUAAUGAUGACAAGUUUGCAAAUAUAUUGUUUGAAAGAGUUAGAUCUUUUUUGCCACAAACCCACCACUUUAUGGAUAUGGAUCGUCCACUCUAUGGAUUGAAUCCACAAUUUCGAGCCAUCAAAUAUAAACACUUUAAAUCCGGACACAAAUUUGGGAAACAUAUUGAUUUUUCAAAUAGCGAUGGGUUUGGACGGAAGAGUUUUUAUACCUUUAUGAUUUAUUUGAAUGAUGAUUUUGAGGGAGGAGAAACUGUGUUCACAAAGAAAGGAUUUGAGUUCACAUUAAAACCCAAAACAGGAAUGGCCAUUAUCUUUGAACAAGAUAUCAAGCAACUCGAACAUGAAGGUUUACCAGUGACUGAAACCUCUGAAAAGUACAUUUUACGUUUGGAUGUGUUUUAUACUUCAGCCUAUUAA